AUGGCCCAACAAAUACCGUUUGUUUUCUUGAGUUUCUUUCAAGAGGCAUCUGAAGCAGUCAAUAUAUUCAGUGGCCGUCCAUGCCUAGAAGUGAGUGAUAUAGUUGUUAUGGACAACCUUUCUUCCCACCACCUCGAAGGAGGCGAAAUUUUGGAAAAUUGGCUUCAUGAAAUGGGUAUUGAGUUGUUGUAUACGCCAUCGUAUUCACCAGACUUAAAUCCAGUCGAAUUUUGUUUCAGUAAAAUAAAGGGCCAGUUAAAUGGUUCGUUACAAGCUUUAGUUCACACCAACAUUAAACUGGUGAUAAUGGAAGCAGUCGAUACGAUUUCCAUUGAAGAUAUGAAAGGAUAUUACGAGGCUACAUCGUAUUUAUUUGUGUGA